GGACGAUGGCGAACAAACGUUGUACGGCAGAGAGUAUCUUAGCUUACUUUCCAUCUCCUGCUCGGUUACUUGCAGAAUAUUUAAUUUGGCGUCGCACGGACCCAGAGGGACGGGUCCCCAACUCAUGCUGGUAGGGCAACCCCGUACCAGCCGGUAAAAUCGGAAAAGAGUACGACGUUUUGAAACGUUUGCCUUGCGAGGAGAAGGGCCGUCUCUCGUUAGGCAACUGAAUUCUGCGACCGAUUUCCACGCCUCACGCGCGUGCGUGCGCGCACACGCGCCCCCCCACCCACCCCCCCCAACAGGCAGGCUUUGACGGAGGCAGUCCCUAAGGCAACGCGAUCUAAAACGUGGAAGUUUUUUUUUCUAUUUUUAAUAGUUUCUUACGGAUAGGAGGCUCGUGUGAGCGUUUAGCCUGUCCCGUCCUUAAUUCGGAACCCACUGGCUGGUGCAGAAGAACGGUCGUGUGACAAAACCAGCAUGAAAUUUGUCCCUGUGCCGGCUGCGUCCCGUGGUAAAGGAGUACAUCUGUUAUUCCGGCGUGAAAGAUGUUUGAUGAGCGUACCGCAUCGUCAGAGCUGCUCUUGGUCUGCCUGCAAGCCGUGGGUUAUGAUUUAGAAAUACGUUCGCCUACCGUUCCUUAACCGUGUGGUUUUGGUUUUUAUUUUUUCAAAGAAAGGGUGGCUUUUUCGUCGAUCUCUUUGUGAGAGUAUCAAAUCAGGCGGCGGUAAAUACGUAGAAGCAACUAGGCGUACUACGGCGUGUACCGGACAGCGUUGGCGUGCCGCUCUGCUAGCAGCGGAGAGCCAGAUGAGGAUGCCCGUGAUAUGAGAAAAGCUCUGUCCAGAGAUACGGAGACGAAAUCAGUUGUACCUCAUCCCGUGACACCGGAAGACAUUGAGUAAGUGUAAGCUGUGAUGCUCAGUGAAAUUACUAAGAGCGUUAAGUUUCCCGUGCCUUUGCUUUCACUCUCCCAUUCUCUUGUCUUGCGGCACGUCGCAUUUUUUGAGGCCGUGGAAGCGACACCGGGAGCGAUGGGGUGUCAGAACCAGGUCCUCCUGCCUGUCGCUGGUUUUGCUUACCUUCGCCGUCUCUGUGUACCAGUCUGCGUGUCUCUCUGUGUUCCUCAAUCCCUGUCCUCUCUUCUCUGUUCUGCUUUGUUUCGCUGCGUAUGUCCCGUUCCCUGUCCCACCUUUAUCCGUCCUUCCUUCUUCCUCGCCUUUUUCUUUGUCCUUUUGUCCUGCUCCCCGACCCUGUUUCUCGCUCCAUCUGACCGUCCUUUUCCUGGCACCUUUGUGUCUCUGCUCCUUGCCCCCGUCUUUCUCUCCCCUCUGCCCAGUCCUCGUCUCCCUCUUUUGUCUCUCUGCCCCUCUGUCCUGCUCCCUGCCCCUCUUUUUCUCACUCUGCCCCAGCGUCCCGCUCCCCGGUCCUCUUUCCCUCUGUUGCGCUCUCCUUCUCCCUGCUCCCCAGCCCGCUUCUCUCACGCUCCCGCUUCCUUUUUUUAUUCUCUGUUGCUCUGUCCUGCUCCCCGUGCCGCUGUCCCUCGCCGUACCUCUCGGUCCGGCUCCCUGCCCUUAUUCUCUUUUCCUCCCUCGCCGUGGCGCUGCCCGCCCAGGGUCGUUUCUGCCUCUCUGUCCCGCUCCCCGUCCUUGUUUGUCGGUCGCCGUCCCGCUGCCUCUCUUCCUGCCGCUUCUUCCUCCCUCUCUGUCAGGCUCCCCGUCCCCGUCCUUCACUCGCCGUCCCUUUCCUUGCCUCGUGCUUUCUCGCUCGCCGCCGCCCCCCCCCCCCAUCCAGCUGGCUGCCCCUUUUCUCCUCUCAGCCAGCGUCCUGCAGCUGGCUCCUCGGUUUUGGCGGCAGCCUGCACAUAGCAGCCCAGCUCUCCAGCAGCCUGACGGACCGACCGUGUGUCUGUUCCACGCCGGACUGGCGAGCGUGGCUCUGGGUAGGACAGCCGAGGUGCCCCAGGGCCGGGCCCCGAGCCCCGGUGCGGAGUCUCUCCCGGGACCGGCUCUGUGUGUGACUGAAUAAACGCUUGCGGUCUCUUUU